CACAAAGUGUCGUAAAGGAGAAAGUAUUGACGCGUUUCUGUCGCAGUCUGAAGUUGUAUAUCUCGAUGGGAUCGACCGCAUGCUGCCGUUGAUAUUUCGAAUAGUGUUGCGAGCAGGUUUAAGAACAUGUGGAAUCGAUGUCUUGUUCAAAAUUGUGGUAGUUAUUAAUGCUAAGUCUAUUCAAUUUUGAGAACGAUUGCUUAAGAAAUAAAAUGACUAGUAACGUUACAUGUAGCUGUGCUCAACACGUGAAGAAACUCAAUGAGCAGAUAUCUGUCAUGAGAAAAGAAAUAAAAAAUCUUAGGCAGUUGAUCGACAGUGCUGUACGCUCUCACAGGAAGCACUUGGAUUCGCUGCUAUCUGUUCUGAGUCAUAGUGACCAGGGAGUGCGCCUGGACACAAACCUUGGCCAGAAAGUGGGAGAUGGAAAAAAUAUUUCCUUGGAACAAGGCCAUGUCGGCUGGUCCCAAGUAUUCAAAAUGGGCUCAAGUGUCAAGGGUGAAAGCUCCUGUUUUCCUGGGAAAAUUGGCACCCCACGGCAGCCCAGCAUCUGUGGCCAAUCUCGUGCCACCCUGCGGAUAGAGGCCACAGUCUUCAACAACCCACACCACGCACUUAUAGGACUGGAGCACUACUCCCAUGUCUGGAUCAUAUUUCUCUUCCAUAAGAAUGGACACUUGAGCUCCAAGGCCAAGGUGAAACCCCCGCGGCUGAACGGCCAGAGGGUGGGGGUGUACUCCACACGCAGCCCCCAUCGCCCCAAUGCCCUGGGACUCACACUCGCCAAGCUGGAGAACAUCACAGGUGAUAUCCUUCACCUGUCAGGCAUUGACAUGAUUGCUGGCACACCUGUAUUGGACAUCAAACCUUACAUCCCUGAGUACGACUCUCCAUGUGGCAGAACGGAUUUUGGGAAAACCAAUUGCAGCAAAACAGGAGGUACCCCUGCUGACUCUCCCUCAGGAACCAGCAGUUUCCCCGGGUCCAUUUCCCCCACAGAUGCAAGGGGUUCCCCUACUUGUUCCCCGACCGAAACGAGGGGUUCCCCCGAUGGUUCCCCCACAGAAACGAGGGUUUCACUCUCGGCUUCUCGCUCUGGGGGAUGUUUGGUGGUGUCGGAGGAAGAGGGGGAUUUCGAGCCGGUCCUUGCGAAGGAGGACUCCACAGGUGACCUCUCCGGUCAGGCCCUCCUAGCGGACAGCGUAGCGGCUGCACUGAGGGAUGUUCAGACGUACGUGGGCCAGAGCGACGUCCUUACCCCAGGAGCGGCAGGGGGAGACGCGCCACAUGCAGGCGGCUCCAGAGCGGAGGUGUUUGAGCACGAGCGAGCCGAGCGUUACCGCAGUACGGAGGUGUGCUACAGCGAGGCCUCCUCCAGCCAGGUGGCCUCCUGGAUCAGGGAGCCGCCUGUGGCCAGCCUGUCUGUGCGCCUCACUCCCCAAGCUCAGCAAGACCUGCGCCAGUUUCAGCCUCCUGGCGGGAGAGAGCCGGGUCGGCCCAGUUUCCGGUUCCUGCAGGGCCCAGAGGAGGCGGAGGCAGCGAUCAGGGGCGUGCUGUGUGCUGACCCACGCUCUGUCUACCGCCGCACACGCUGCCCAGACCGCCUCUUCUACUUCAUCCUGGACUCCGCACACAUCACCUGCUGGUUCGGUGGCGAUUUCGCUGAGGUUGUGAGGGUUCGCCCAGCUGAACCUGAGGGUUAAAGUAGUUGCAGACGUGGUUUCAUGGUCCCAUAAUGCACAUGGCUACUGCAAGCUGUCAAUCACUGAGGAGUUUUAACAAAAGGUUUUCCUCUGCACACAAAGACACAAUGGUUGCUUUAAGUUCGAGAAGGCAGUGCAUAUGCACAGCAUUUUUGGUUUCCUUGACUUGCCAAUCCUGGAUAAUGCAGAUCAGGUCCACUGUAGGAAACACUCAUGUUACUGUAAACAUACAUUUAGGAGUACUGUAUACAGUAAUUAAUGUAUAUGUGCCCCUUGAACAUGGCAUAUGUAAUUUGGAUGCCAAUGUAUUCUCUACUAUCAAAUAGCCGCUUCUAUAAAACAGCGUGAACAUUGCUGAUGGACCCUCAUUCAAAAUGAAAGGUAAUUCUUCCAAAUCCAUUUGUCAAUUUUUAAUCGCUAAAGAUUUGAGAUACAAUUAAAGCUAUUAAAUAAAACAUUGUAAUGUUUUUCACCUGC